AUGGCAGCCUGGUACGACUGCCUCCUCUUGAAGGACAGGACCCUGACAGAUUACGAGAAGGAAAAGCUGGACCGUGUGAACGUGAGAGCCGGCAGCGCCGAAGGUGGCGAUGUGACUAUAGGCCCAACGGACAGUCUCUUCACCAGACCCUUGUAUGUGCCGUUAACGCACUACCACCAUCUCGACGCCCUAUUAGCCAUCAUGGCGUGCUACGUCUCCCCGAGAGUGAAAAGUUUGUGCGACUAUCCCAGUGACCCCGGGCAGGGUUACGAGUUGAUCCCCCGUGUCUGUGUGGGUCAGAGUGACCCCGGGCAGGGUUACGAGUUGAUCACCCGUGUCUGUGUGGGUCAGAGAGACCCUGGCAGCCUUAGCAAGAGUGACCCCGGCAGCCUUAUCAAGGUGUAUGUCGUAAGCCUCCUACCCCUGUCUGGGCCGGGUCAUAGUGACCCCGGCCAGCGUUACGAGUUGAUUCCCCCCCUGUCUGUGUGGGCCGCCGUAGAGAGGCUACUAAUAUUGUCAGGAAGAAGAAGAAGGAAGAAGAAGGAAGAAGAAGAAGACGAGGACAACGACGAGGAGGAAUACGACCCCGCCGAGCGUGAGCCCUCCGCCUACGACUGUAAGCCGGCCGUCCUGGAACAGAUAUCCUCCAGUGUCGACCAAGAAGACGAGGAAGACUACAUGGAAUCCGAAGAGGAGGACGUUUCGGAAGAUGAAGACGGUGAGGAAUACAACCCCGAGCGUGAUGCGGACGACGACGACGACGACGACGACGACUCGGCCUCACGGUCGUGCUCCUCUUCGGAGGAAGAGCGAGAGGGAGAACGAGAGGGAGACACGGCCGCUGCCCGAGAGCGAGACACAGCCAGAGAGCCAGAGCGAGACAGAGAGGACGCGGCGGCAGCCGCCCGAGCCCAAAGGGAGACGUUGCUGUCAAAGAACGGCAAAAUCAAAUGGUCCUCCGUGGCCUAUCGCGGCCCGGACCGGCCCCGCGCCAUCCGCCGCCCCGGCUCCAUCGUGACGCCGGGCCCCACGGCCUACGCCGCGUCGCGAGCGCUCGACAUCGAGUCCGCCUUCCGGCUGUUUGUCACACCGGCGAUAGAAAGGAUCAUUGUGGACAUGACAAAUCUGCAGGGGGUGAGAAAAUACGGCGACGGCUGGCGACCCAUGGACUCCACCGACCUGCGCGCCUACGUAGGGCUGCUGAUCCUAGCCGGCGUCUACAGGUCCCGAGGCGAGGCCGCGGCCAGCCUGUGGGACGCCGAGAGCGGCAGGACCGUGUUCCGCGCCACCAUGCCGCUCAAGGUGUUUCACAAGUACUCGAGGCUGCUGCGAUUCGACGACCGCCAGUCGAGACCCGCCAGACUCGCCACCGACAGACUGGCGGCCAUAAGAGAGGUAUGGGACCUGUGGGAGGAGCGGCUGCCGGCCCUCUACAACCCGGGGCCCGACCUGACGGUGGACGAACAACUGGUCCCGUUCAGAGGACGCUGUCCUUUCCGGCAGUACAUUCCCAGCAAGCCGGCCAAAUACGGCAUCAAGUCGUGGGUGGCCUGCGACGCCAAGUCCAGCUACGCUUGGAAGAUGCAAGUCUACACCGGCAAGGCGGCCGGCGGAGGCCCCGAGAAGAACCAGGGCGCCCGCGUCGUCCUCGAUCUGACCGAGGGACUGCCGGCCGGUCACAACGUCACGUGUGACAAUUUCUUCACCUCCUACGAACUGGGCCAGCGGCUCCUCGAGAGGAACCUCACCAUGGUGGGCACGGUGAGAAAGAACAAGGCCGAGCUCCCGCCCGCGCUGCUCCAGUCAAAGGGCAGACAGGUCCUGUCCUCCAGGUUCGCCUUCACGCCCACCGCCACUCUAGUGUCCUACCUGGCAAAGAGAAAUAAGAACGUGCUACUUCUGAGCACGCUGCACGCGGAGCCCGACGUUAGCGAUCGCCGCGACCGGAAGCCGGCCCUCAUCCUAGACUACAACUGCAACAAGGGCGGCGUGGACAACCUAGACAAGGUGGUCGGGACCUACAGCUGCAGACGGAUGACCGCCCGCUGGCCCCUGGUCAUCUUCCACAACAUCCUCGACGUGUCCUCCUACAACGCCUUUGUCAUAUGGCGAGAGAUCAAGCCCGACUGGAUGCCUGGGAAGCGGAACAAGAGGAGGGUGUUCCUGGAGCAGCUCGGAAAGGCACUCGUGAAGCCCUUGAUACAAAGAAGGCAGCGGCUCCCCCGCACCCAAGCCGCGUCCGCACUUGUCAAAGUCCUACAGAGUGCCACCGCCGAGGCUCGUCCGCCAGCCCGGGAACAAGCCGCUGGCCCGGCCGCCGCCGCCCCAGCCGCCCCGCCGGUGGCGAGUAAGAGGAAGAGGUGUCAGCUCUGCCCACCCAAGAAGGACGCCAAGACCUACACCGCGUGCUGCAGGUGUAACAAAUACAUCUGCAAAGGCUGUUCACACGCAUACUGUCAAACUUGUGCCCACUGGGCCUUUAGCCAAGACGGGACAGGGUGA